UGAAAAUCAAGAUAACCAUUUGAUGCAACUCUUAUAUUCUUGCUCCUGAAUUUAGUAACCACAAGGGAAAUAGGAGUACUCACGGUGAACAUGCAUGUGGCGUCGUGUGAUAAUAAUUAUUGCCAUAUGGUCACCGACGCAUGUAACAAAAGAUGCUACAGCAAAUCAUUCAGUACACCAAUGCCAAUGAUUGGUAUCUAUGUAGCAGCAGCAUCUCUACUUUGUACCCUUGCUAUGGCUGCUGAUGCUUUCCAAGCCUUUCGCCUAAAAAGACUUUGGUUCCCAUGCAAAUUCUUUCCUCUGAAUGCUGCUUCUCUUACAGUUUUAGCUGUAGCAAUGAAGUUGCCUGUCGAUAUAUCUGAACCGAUGCCAGGUCAUACUGACCAGCUUUCCAAACUGGCAAGCACUGCUUUCAUGUGUGUUGUAAUAGGUAACUUCAUGCCAUCAAUAGGAGCCAUGAGUAACAAAGAAAUCUUGUCGAACGUUGUAGCUCUGGACAUCCUGGUAAUCACCAUCAUUGUCAAUCUAUGCAUUGAAAUACAUACUGGUUUGAUUUUUAACCUGAAAUAUGAAUUUAUAGCAACUGUAUUCCUUAUGUUUCUCCUGAUAUUGGUACUGAGUUUCUCCUCUUCAACACUUGCAACCACCAAAAAGAUUCUUGAACUUAACUAUAAAGAAGCAUAUCAAACAACCUUGAGGGAUGAUACACUAGCAUUCGGAAAGUUAUCCAUCGAUAGACUGAGAGACACUGUGGAAAAGUGUUGGAUGAUGGUCGAAACUAGUAACCCUCAAUUUGUGAUGGCUCGUUCUGUAACCUUUUCAACUUCAGGGACAAUCUGUGUGUUGGCAUGUCUAAUUUUGAUGGAAGCUCUUAUAAGAAUAUACAAUUCACCUCCAUAUUUCCCAAAUAGUUCAACGUACAAAUGGACAACAGGCUUAGUUCUUAUUGUUCAGUCUAUUGGGGUGGUAGUGGGUACUGUUGCUCCAGCACUCAGAUGGUUUAUCUUGAUAAGAUUUAAGCGCUCCAACAAAACUGGCAAUACCAAUGCGAAUUUCCUUGGAGUCGAAGACUACUGGAUCCGCAAGCUGGUUGAGUGGAAGGAGAGACCAUUGUCUUUAAACAUCAGGGGAACAAAAUUUAGAAAAUAUCUCCAGGGUACAAGAAACUUAAUUCUUGCCUUCUGCAUAAGAAGUCAAAUUCUGGUUGUGUUAACGAGCAAAUGUAUGCGGUUUAUCUCAGUUGUUUCCUUCAACUUGAUGUUUUUGUGUCAACUUCAGGGCCCAAACUAUCAUCAAUCAGAACCAGAACACAGGAGAGAGACUGAAUUGCACCGUUAUGUUCUGUUACUAGAAGGUGAAGAAGAACUGCCUGAAAGAAUCUUUAAGAACAUAUCUGGUAAUGCAAACAGACUAGUAGACACAGGAAGGAAACGGCAGCCAAAACAACUGGUUAAUUUGCUAAGAAAAUCUAGCAGCUUUUCUGGGGUGGCAGAUAUUUACUGUGACCAAGUUCCAGGACUGCAUUCAGUAGAACCUUCAAACUGCUGGACCAUAAGCCUGGUGACACUCACUAGCAUUACUGUUGCACUUCCCAAAGUGAGGGAUCAGAUGGACUAUCAGCUGAUAAGGAGUGUCCAUGAAGGCCUUACGUAUGCCAGCUUCAUAGAGGAAACUAUGUAUCCUGAAGGUGAGUUCACAAACAUUAGAAACGCAGCACAUAUAGUGUGGGAAGAACUGGAGAUCCAUCAAAAAUGGUUGGAUGAGGACUUACAGAAAUCGACCCUCGAGGGAAAAACUUCUAUGGAAAUACUUGAGAUGCUUACAGGAAUAGCUUCAAAGAAGGUGAUGGAUUUCAAACAAACCACUGAUGGAAGAACGCUCGACAACCCUCUCAACUGGCCAGUCAGAAUAAUAGCUGCCAAUUCAAUGUAUAAAAUUGGGAAGGCCAUCUUGCUGUUGCUGAAUAGUGAAGGACACAAUGUCUUGGUUGAUGAAAAACUAUUCGAGAGAUUAUCCAUUACAAUAGCAGAUAUACUAAGUACUUGCUUUACCAAUCUGCCACGAGCUAUAACUAUGGCUUGUAAUUCUGGUGCCAUUGAAGAGAGGGAAAAAAGUGUGCGCAGAGCAGCUUUAUUAGUUGGUAAGACCGAAGAGAUCUUGAAGAUAAUUCAACACCAUGAACUUCCAAAUAUAAAUGCUGAUCAAUCAGCUUACAUUGAUCAGUGGAAGCUUACACUCCAGUCAACAAACCCUGUUCCUGUCAUCCCUUCCAAUAGUGAAAUUCUGCUCUGAGCUAUCAUACCUAAUUGAGAGCCAUCAUAUUCAGAUGGUAAGUUACAUAUCCAUGAGCUAUGAUAUGAGUAACAAUGUAUACAUAACCAGUAUUUCCAUAACUACCAUAGUACUUAUCAAAUUAUGCAUGUCUUAGAAUGAUUUAACUUAAUGAAGAUUUUAGUUUUCCAA